AUGUCGGCGGCUUUUCGGAAAGCAGCUAAGUCCCGACAGCGGGAGCACCGAGAGCGAAGCCAGCCUGGAUUUCGAAAACAUCUGGGUCUGCUGGAGAAAAAGAAAGAUUACAAACUCCGUGCAAAUGACUACCGGAAAAAGCAAGAAUACCUCAGAGCUCUUCGAAAGAAAGCUCUGGAGAAAAAUCCAGAUGAAUUCUACUAUAAAAUGACUCGAGUUAAACUCCAGGAUGGCGUUCAUGUUAUCCCGGAGACUAAAGAAGAAGUAACUCCAGAACAGCUGAAACUGAUGAGAACUCAGGAUGUCAAGUAUAUAGAAAUGAAAAGGGUUGCGGAAGCUAAGAAAAUUGAAAGACUGAAAUCAGAGCUCCAUCUGCUGGAUUUCCAGGGGAAGCAACAGAAUAAGCAUGUGUUCUUUUUCGACACUAAAAAGGAAGUUGAACAGUUUGAUGUUGCAACUCACCUGCGAACUGCCCCGGAGUUAGUGGACAGAGUCUUUAAUAGACCCACCAUCGAGACCUUGCAGAAGGAGAAAGUGAAAGGAAUUACUCAUCAGACUCGACUUAAGCGGAUGGCUAAAGAAAGGCAAAAGCAGUAUAACUUCCUGACACAGCGGAUUGAACGCGAGAGGAAAUUGUUCAUUAUUGCACAGAAAAUUCAAACACGCAAAGAUCUUUUGGAUAAAACUCGGAAGGUGAAGGUGAAGAAAGAAACGGUGAACUCCCCUGCUAUUUACAAAUUUCAGAGUCGCCGGAAACGUUGA